GAUAUGGUAUAAUAGGAAAUAGAGAAAAAUGGAUAGAUUAUGUAUUAGACUAUGUGGCAUAUGUAAAUGAUUUAGAACUUGAAAAAGACAUAAGAUAAUUAACAGAUAAAAAUAUCCAAACUAAUUCUAAUUAGUUUGUAAAUUUUAUUCACACUAACCCUAAUAUGACUUAAAUUGGCGUAGUAUUUUGUACAAGUAAAUGGUCUAUCAUCAAUGAUUAAAUUUCUAUCCCUUGUUAAAGUAAUUAAAUGCCCCCUUAUAAUAAAAAAGUAGUUAUGUAUACAAUAUUUUAUAAUUGGACGCUUUUUUAUAGGUCGCCUUAUUUGAGCGGAUUUGGUAAAAAUCUUCAAAAAGACUGGGUUUUGUUAAGAUUAAAAACUUCUAUUGAUAAUGCAAUUAUUGACUUUUUUAGUAAAUAUGAUAUUCAAGUUGCCUCUUAGAUUUUGGAUUUAGAAAAUUAGAAUAAUUAGAGUAUAUUAGAUAUAGAUUUUAAAGAAAGAAUUGAAAAUGUUGCCCAGGAUUUUCCUUUUGCGUAUAAUAGAUUUACAACUGGAUAUGAUGUUGUUACUACUAAUGGUGCUUUUUAUUUUUUUAUACCAAUUAUGAUUAAUUUUAUUAUACUUAUUAAUGAAAUUUUGAGAGAAAAAUAAAAAAAGUUAAGACAUGGUAAUUUCUUUUUUUUUUAUAUACUAUUUAAAAAAGGAAUUAUGGUUAUGGGAAUGAGUCAUUUUAGUUAUUGGCUAAGUUGGAAUAUUACAGGAGGAAUAUUAAAUGGAAUUACUUGUUUUAUAUAAGUAUGCUCAGGUAUACUAUUUAGAUUUGAUAUAUUUAUAAAAACACCAUUUCUUAUAAUGUUUGCAUUUUUAUGGAUAUUCUCAUUAAGUAUUACUUAAAUAAGUUUUUUAAUAACAAAUAUAUGCACUGAUACUGCGAAUGGAUAUUCAGUAGCUUAUGGAUUUUUAUUAAUGUCGAUUGUUUUAGAAUUUUUUUUGACAAAUAAUUUCUUUGUAUAUUAUUUGUAUAGGGAAGAUGCAGAUUUUUUUAUUAUUUUCCUUAAAAAUGCAUUUAUUACAUAUCCAGCUUAUCAUUAUUCUAAAAUAUUCGGAGACAUUGCAUUUAAAAGUGGAAAGCAUUAUUCGGUUUAAGAAAGUAGAUGGAUAGAUGGGAAAGAGUAUACUUAUUAAGAUUUAUUUGAACCUAUAGCAGGCAAAUUUACUCUUCCUAAAGAAUCUAGUUAUGAAUGUCCUUCUACUUUUCAAAGUUUUUUUCAUUUAUUUUUAACUAUUUGCAUAUAUUUUUGGCUUUCUGUUUAUUCUGAUCAUGUAUUUCCUAAUGUAAAAUAAAUUAGCAUUUUUUUAUUUAAUUAUGUAUUAUUUUUAAUUAGAAUAGGGGUACUACAGAAUAACCUUUAUUUUUUAUUUCACCUGAAUAUUGGUAUAAUGUCCUAGGAUUUAAAAAAAGCAAAUACAGUAAAAAGAGAAAAAAGAAGAGUUAAGGCUAAUUUAAAUGGAAAAGCAGAAACAAAAGGUAUAAGAAUCAUAAAGAUGGGAAAAACUUACCAUAAAUAUCCUUUUGGAAUAAAAACAAGUAAGGAUAAAGUAGCUUUGAAUAAAAUUUAUCUAGAAAUAGAAGGAGGGGAACUAUUAGCAAUAUUAGGGCAUAAUGGAGCAGGAAAAAGUACAUUAAUAAAUAUAUUAACUGGUCUUUUAUCCCCUACAUCAGGAACAGCAGAAAUGAUGGGAUAUGAUAUAAAUACGGAAAUGAAAGAAAUAUAAAGUAUAAUGGGGGUAUGUCCAUAAUUUGAUAUAUUAUGGGAUGAAUUAACAGCUGAAGAGCAUUUAUAUUUAUUUAGUUUAUUAAAAGGAGUUCCUUAAAAUCAAGUAUAAACAUAAAUAAAGAAUAGUCUAUAAUAAGUAAGUUUAUUAAAUGUAAUGAGAGCAUAAGUAGGAACAUAUUCUGGAGGAAUGAAAAGAAGGGUUUCUUUGGCAAUAUCAGCAAUAGGGAAUCCAAAAAUAAUAUUCAUGGACGAACCUACUACUGGUAUGGAUCCAAAGACAAGAAGAGAAAUAUGGGAAAUGAUACGAAAUUUAAAAAAAGACAAAGUAGUAGUUCUUACUACUCAUGCAAUGGAAGAAGCUGAAGUUUUAGCAGAUCGAAUUGUUGUUGUCGCAGGAGGAGAACUAAAAUGCAUAGGGACACCUUUGUAUUUAAAAAAUCAUUAUAGUGAUGGAUAUAGGCUUAAUUUAGUUACAGAUUAAUAAAAUGUUGAUUAUGCUAGGAUUGCCAUUAAGUAAGCUAUUCCAUCUUGCAAAAUUUUAGAUGAAAAAGGAGGAAAUAUUAUUGCUUGUGUACCUGUUAUUCAUUUGAAUGAAUUGGGUAAUUUCUUUAAAAUUAUGGAAAACGAAGCAACUGAUAAGUCCAUUUAUAAUCUUAAGAAUAUUAUUAAAGAUUGGGGAUUAUCGCAUUCUACUAUUGAAGAAGUCUUUAUGAAAAUUACUAAAGCAAAAAAAUAUUUAUUAUGAUUUAUUUUUUAUAAAAUAAAUUUAAUUUUAAAUAUUUAAUUAAAUAAUAUUUUUUAUUAAAUUUUAGUUAGGUUUAUUAUUUUAAAAUUUUCCAU